GCUUUGCGUUUUGUGUGUGGCAUGAAAUUUGUACUGUUAAAAUAGGUUAUUGUUUCUUGGGUCUUGUACCCAUGAAAACGGUAUCCUAAAAUUUAGUUUUAUAUAAUAUCGUAAAUUUGGUUGUAAUUUUUUCCAGUUUACAAAUAUUCCACUUUUUCAGAAGACCAUUGCUAUUAUUAGUAUAAAUUAAAAAGAAAAAGUAUAUAUUAGUGAAAUUUAAACAGUUAGGCUAAACUUUCCUUUGCAAACUGCUGUUUGGUAUAUGUUUGAUAACCUGCUUUGUAAAGUUUAUUUUAUACAGGCCUAAUUUGGCAAGCUAGUAGUGGAUUCUGUCAUGUCUAGCAUAACAGAUAGGUUAGGUCUGGAUAACGAAGUUCGAGAAUUGCGACUUGGGAAAAGCUUUACAAAUAGUGGAAACACUGCUUUUCACUCAGUAAGAUAUGAUUUUAAACCAGCAUCUGUAGACCCCACUAAGGGUGCCACAGUAGAUGUUGGUGAAGGCCACCAGGUUACAGUUUCAGUUCCUCAUAUUGAAGGAUCAGGUACUUCCAAAACAGUGUUCAAAGGAUCUAAGAAACCUUAUACAAAGGAGUGUGUUCUAAUUAUUAACCAUUCCACUGGUGAAGUUACCUUGGAAAAGCUUAGUUGUAACAUACAGCUGAAGAAAACUAGGGCUGAAGGAAGCAGUCGAAUACAGCCAAGGCCUAUCACACCUAUUGAUAACAAGAAACAAUCUUCUUCACCUUCUCAAAAGCACUCUCCAACCCAGAAAACUCCACAUUCCCCUUCUCAGAAGUUAAAUUGGUCAGCAUCCAGUCACUAUUCUCCCAAUCAGAGAACUUCCCCAUACCAAAGGAGUCCAACAAGCCAACCCAGUCCUUCCAUGCCUUCUCUACUUGCACCUUCCAGUGGAGCAGUGAAAAACAAUGCAGCCUCCAAAGCUGCUAGCAUGCCCCUUUUUACACACGAAGACCAUGCUAUAUCAAAUGAAGAUGCUCCAGAUACAGGUAUUUUAUCAGACUCUAGUGACUCAAGUAGUGGUAGUUCUAGUUCAGCUUCAAGUGACAGUGAAAGUGAAGCAGAAGUAGACAUGCAAUCUGAAUCCCAACCACCACCUAAGAGUCAAGGUGGUAAAACUAAUGGUCAAGUAGUUCAACAGUAUUCCAGUCCCAGCCUUCCUAGCAUGCCCAAAUUUAGUCAGCUUAGUGAAGACCUGCAGCUUAGUGAAUCUGGGAGUGACAGUGAUGACUAAUUACAUGAACGAAAUAAGAAACUGCUUUGUUCAAACAACUAGAUGCAAGACAUAUCCCUUAUGUAGCAUCUGAAAUUUUACCAUUUUCUGUGUGAUUGGUUACAUCAUGUUUAGUAUGUUUUAUUGAAAAGCUUUGACAUCAGUGAAAUGUCCCUGCAGUAUGAAUUGCAUGUGAUGUUUUUAUUGCCAAUUUCCAAAUAACAUGUUAUUAUUCCUUAAACACAAAUUUCAAAUAUUCACCAGUGUGAUGGUCUCAAUAUUUUUAUACAAAGUUUGCAAAUCCAAACUUAAAAGAAGAGUAUAUUGGAAAAAUACAUAAUGAAUAUAGGCCUUAAUUUAAGCUAAACAACAAAUUUGACAUUAUUUUCAGACAAAGUGAAAUUUAUGCAUAAAAGUGUUUAAAUAAUAGUAAAAUAGUAUAUGUAACUAAAUAGUAGUAAUGUACGAUUCUUGUGUCCUAAGUGUCUAGAAGUUAAUUUGGAUAGUUUUAACAACAAAAUUGUUGUGUCAGAAAAUGUUGCUUUAGGCACGCUUCAUUUUUCAGCCUUCUGUAGUUUCAUACAUUAACAAAUGUACCUCUUUUCUAAUUUAUCAUAAAAUAACACCUUUGAAUGUUUUUUUCUUCAAAAUAUAUUGGUGUAUUAAAAUGAAAUUUUAGUUUGUAAUUAGUUAAUAUAUGUUAUAAAUAACAUGUUUACAAUACUAACUUUUGAAUAGUAGGUUGUUCACUUUCAUAAGUAUCAUUAUUUCAGUGUUGUUUGGAGAAGUUCGCAAACAAGUUAUUAUAAAAUUUUAUCAUUACAGACCAAUAACCUAAUAUAGCACUAUCACAGUAACAUAUAUAAUAUAUAUAUAUUCACACACCUGCAGUGUGUAACUUGCCAACGCUUUUAUUCAUAAUGAAUGAUUAGUACUAAUAAAUUACAUUAAAAAGCUUGUAUAAAUUUCAAACUAUUUUAGGUUUUACUUCAAUAUAUAUAUUUUACUUAUUUAGGGGAAUAGUUUUUCAUAUUUCUUAUGGCUUUAAUUUGCUCAAGUUUUUCUAAUGGUUUACAAAGCCUUCUAACUAAUAUCUUGUUCUCUCAGUUAAGACACUUUUGGAAUCUUAUUAAGUUGUAGAAACUUUGCAGUCUGUUGUCCUGAUAAAGUUCACAAAAGAUUUUAAAACUGAAAAAACGUUUAGGUUACAAAUUUCUUAACUUUCAACAGUAAAACUGUAAUUCUUGGACAUGUUUCCUUGAUUUGGUAUUAUGCACAUAGCAUUGAUAGGGUUUAACAAUUUAUCUGUUAUACAUACUCACAAUGACAAACUACAAGAAAUAGUAAUAUGAAUGAUGUAGCACCUUUAUAAAUGACAAAUUACAAUAAUUCCAGGAUUAUUACUUUUUAGUUUUUUGGCAAGAUUUUGUAGAAGGAAGAAUAUUGUGGAGAUGACUUUCUCUUUCUUUUUUUUAAUUCUGUGAGUAGAUUUUUAUUGAAAAUAAAUACUGGUGCUACUGACUUUAUGGAGAAAACCCAAAAAUUAAUAUUUUUCUUUUUUCAGCUGUCCCAUAAGCUAGCAAGUUUACAUUUUGAAAUGCAAAACUACUGUUAACUAUAAAUUUGUUUAUUAUGAACUUUCUUGUUGACACUCAUAUAGCAUUAAGAUUCGUCACUCACGUGAAUAUUGUUUAUGAAGUAAAGUAAGUUUUUCAAAAAUUACUGGAAUGAGUUGGUUAAAUAAACUUAUAAAAGUAACUCGGAUACGUCACAAGUAUUUCGUAGUUGUGUGUUAAAAGAAAGUCAUCUACGUUUAGGUAUCUGUUAAGUAAUUUGGAUUAAAAUGUUCCUGACAACCUUUUAAACAGAAAUGAUGUAUGUGAAAGUUUUAUUGUGUAACUUGCUCUAUGGUAUCAUUUAUCUUAAAUUAAGAAUGUUUACUUUUUAUCACUGUAUCUUCAGAAAAUUAUCUAAUAAUUUCUUGGGUUAAGUUGAACUAUUGGAUUUUUGUACCUUGUUAUUAAGAUUUGUUUAACAAGUUUGCCUAAAUUAAGGUUAACAUUCUUAAUUGGUAUUUUUACUCAAAGUAAGAGUGAAGUCAAGUAAACGUGAGUUAUUCUGCAUUAUUUUGUGAACUUAAUAAAUAACAUGUAUUUUUCACUUUGGUGCACUUAGAUUCCUAUAAUUAUUUUUUCAACAUACCAGUAUUUUGUGGGUAAAAUUAUUGUUAUUGUGUUUAUAAUCAGACAGACAAUGUCUCAAUAAAAUCUUUAAUAAUAAUCCCAGGAUAUAUUGUAAGUCACAAGAUGACUGUUAACCAUGCAAAAUCUUCCACAUUUAUAUUUUGGCUGUAAUAAAGCUAUUCUUUCAGUUAGUAUUUCAUUAGUUCUGCUUUAGGAUUCUAAUUCUACAACAAAACUACUUAGUAGGUAUUUUAAAUACAUUGUUUUACCAUUUAGAAUUAUUACAAUAGUAACUUAAGUUUUAGAUUUUUAUUUUAUUUUCUUCUAUGCAGUUACUUAGAUGUAAAUGUUCAGGACUCUUGAAAACAAGUUAUAAAACAAAAGAUACAGUACCUUUCUAUCUAUAAUCUUAUACAAUUGACUUUUAAGCUACUGCUUUUUCUUAUCAGUUUAGACUAAUAAUUUUAGUUUCAAUUAUCAGACUACUUUACAUGACUGUGAUCUGUACAAAGUUUUUGAUAUUAUGAAAGCUACUAUAGUACUAUUUUUUUGUAUAGCCAGCUAUUCCUAACCAGGAUAAGUUCUUGAAGUACAUCUUUCUGUAUUAAAGCAAUGUUUUGUUUAAAGAAAAAAAACAUUUUACAUAGUUUAAAAUACAGUUAAGUAUUUUAAUUUUCUAAAAACAUAACUAAACCAUAAAAAAUCAGUGACAGUCACAGGAGAUAUUUUGUAAUUAAUGAAGUAAACAUAUUUUUAUAUUUUAGUUUAGAGGAUGUCUUUGUUUUUUCUGUUUUUGGGAGAAAGUUUUAGACAAAGGAUAAUAACUGCUGUGAAGUUUUCAAUAUUAAGUAAAUGAAUAACUGUUGUGUAGUUUCAGUACUAAUUUCAGAGGUGAAAGAAAUAAAACUGUUUUGUCAAUUACAUAAACUAAAAUAAAUUUUAAGCCAAAUAUGCCUAAAUGCACAAAUAGCUUAGGUAUUUUAUACCACUGGAAAGAUAUGUUGUUUUUGUUUUUAAUAGCAUAGAUAAGUAAAUAUGGUAUAUAAUGUAAAUAUUAAAAAUUAUAUUCUUUAGUUUCAGUUGGGCAUUUUAUGUAAACAUUGUGAAUAUGUACAUGUGUUGUAAUAUUAUUAAGUAGUUUAAUUUAAAAAACUUCUAGGCAAUCUGAAUACCAAGGAAAAUAAUGUCAGAGAUUGAAUAGUUGGAAAAUUUAAAAAUUAAUCUCAUUUUGCCAGAAUAUUUUAAAACAAUAAUUAAUAAUAUAAAAAUAUCCUGACUGUCAUUUUAUCAUAAAUUUAAAAAAUGUUAUAAAGUAGCUAAAUAUUAUAGUUGUAGAUGAGGGCAUUAAGCAUUUAAUUUGGCCAUAAGGUUGCAAACAUGUUCUUAAAACUGAAGCUUUAAUGUUAAAUAGAUUAGUAGUUUAAAAUCAACCUACAUAAGACACUAACAAAAGAAAUCUUUAUUGUUCUAAGAUUUGCUUCUUAGUGCAUAAUUCAAUCAUUCCAGUUUGCGAAACAAGCCAAAUAAAUGUGACAGUCUUUCAGAAGUAUGUCAGUUGAGAUAUUUGAUAUUUUGUCUGUUAUUUUACUUACAGCUUUUUGUGUCAUUUAAAAAAAAAAAUGAUUAGUGGCCUUUUUUUUCAUUAUUAAAACUAAAGAAAUUAGAACCAUACUUAGACAAACAUACACUUUGUUAUAACUAAACAUUUGUUGUUUUUUUUCUCACCUUAAAUGUGAACUGUGAGAAUCAUGGUUGUUUUGUGCUAGUAAUAUAAGAGAACAUUACAACUUGUUAAUUGGAAAGGAAGCCUUUCAACAAACUAAGCCUCUCUAUUUGCCAAGUUUAGAAUAAAAUAUUAAAUUUUCCAUAUUAACCCUUUUUUGCAAAUUAUUCUUAACUAUAUGAUUUGCUACUCAUAAAGAAUCCUAAUAUUAAACUUGGAUCACAAGAUGGUUGGAGAAAUAGUUUUAAAUUUGAGUUAUGCAACACUUGAUUUUUCAAAUGAAACAAAACCUUAACAUUUACUUGUUAUUACAUAAAAUACAUUAAAAAAUAUCAAACCUUUUUAUAUAUUUUUUGUGUCGUGUGUAUCUGCUAAUAAUUCAUUACACUAUUGCAAUUCAUAAUCUAGGGUUAGAUUUUGAAAUUUCUUAUAAGCAAAGAAAUUUGCCCAGCAAGUACGAUAAUUGUUUAAGAUAGUAAAUAUGUGUUUCUAUUAUUGAAGGCAAAUUAAUAAAGUUCAAUCUUAAAAAAAAUUCAAACACUUCUGUGAAUUUCUGUAUAAAACAGAUGAUUGCUAAAAUUUACAAUUUGCAUAAUUUACUUUAAACAGUUGAACAAAAAGCUCAUAAGUAAAUGCUGAUUUAUCAAAAUCUUCUUAUUUUAUAUCCCAAAAUUAUUAUUUCACAAUUAGGGUUUUAUAUUGUAAAACACUUUCCUUUAUCUUAAUAUAUGUAGUUACUCUGUCAGAAUAAAAAUUUAUUUGCUUUUCAUUCGGAUUAUGUGGGUUUUAAAACUUGUUUCCAUGUUUAAAAAAAUCCUCAUGUCUGUUUAAUUUUUGAGCUGUAAAUAAUAAUCAAUCAAUUUAUGUCAACUUGAUUACAGUGAACAUUUCAUUUAAAUUUGAUUUUAUAGUAGAAAAGUUUUGUCACAGCAUAAAAGGUUUUAAUUAAACAGUAUGUACAGAAGAUUGUGUCAGUAUAUUUUCAUUGGUGGUUUUUGUGAGUUUCAUAUAACACAUUCUUGCUAGAGAAAGCUUACGUGCUGGGUUAAAUUAUGAGAAAGAGUUUAGAACUAAUUUAAGAUCUUUGAUUUUAGUAUUUUUAAUGAGAAAAAAUUGUUUUUAAAUCUUUGUGUUCUUAAUUUACCUAUUAGUUACACGUACAUUAAUUAGAAGUUAAAUGAAGAUUGUUUCUUGUAAAAUAUGUCUUACAAUUUUGGAAAUCAUAAAACAGAAAGAACUUUUGUGUUCGGUAUGAUCAACAGUUUUAAUAUUUCCUUUUGGAGUUGGUGUAUCAUAUCAUGCUGAUAAUUUAUUUUAAAGUAGAUCCAAGUUUAGGUUUGAUUAAAAAAACAGUUAUUAUCUAUUAGCACUUUUAUUUUUAUUCUUAAUGGGAUAAAGUCAGUUGUUUUUAUUUUCAAAAUAUUAAGUCAGAAUAAAGCUCUUAAAUUACAUGGCACUAAUUACUGUUUAUAAAGAAGAGUUCCAUUUUUUUUACAGUUCAUUCCAAUUAUUCUGGUCUGUUACUCCUUUUUUGUAAUUCUUUUUAAAUGUAAAAAUUAUAUUUUGACUGGCAUACCAAUCAAUUGGGCUUGCUUAUUGGGGGAUAUCUCUAACCUUGCAUCAAGCACUAUGUGUAUCAAAUAAAAAUACUUUUUAAAAACAGCUUGGAAUCAGUUGACUACAUAUUUAGAUGAAUGAAUGAACUAAUCAUAUCCAUUUUAAAGGUAAGAACUUCCAAUGCAGUGUUUGAGCAGUUUAUUUUUAAACAAACUUGAACCA